GCAAAGACAGAUUUGUGUUUCAAAAACAGGCGCGCAAUCAAGCUAGAAUACUCUGUUUAUUCCAUUCCUUCAUCAUACCUAAAAAGACAAACAGCUGCUUUGUGUUUAUACAUGUAUACGAGAAUACACAUAUAUGAAUUUCGCAAAGCUGGGUGUUUCUGCAGCAAUCAAAUCCACCGUUUCCUUGAAACCCGUCGCGACAGUCACCAUAAACCUCUCAAUUUUGGAGUCUCUUCUUCUUCACUGCCAGAACCUCAAGCAUUUCUGGCAAAUUUUUUCACAGAUGAUAUCCACUGGAUUCAUCAAAGACACAUAUGCGGCAAGCAGGGUUCUCAAGUUUUGCACUGAUUCCCCCUUCAUUGGCAUCAACUGCACUGAAAACAUAUUCACUCAGAUCGAAAACCCGAAUGGGUUUUCCGUAAACACCAUGAUGCGAGCUUACCUGCAGCAAAACAUGCCCCAAAAUUCCAUCUUUUUGUAUAAAUCGACGUUGAGGGAAACUCUGUGUGUGGAUAAUUAUACGUUCCCAAUUCUUUUCCAAGCUGCCACGCUCCGGUGCUCGGUGCUGGAGGGUGGAGAGUUGCAUAGUCAUGUCGUGAAAAUGGGUUUUGGAUCAGAUGUUUAUGUUCGGAAUACUUUGAUAAACAUGUACGCGGUGGGUGGGAAUAUGGGUGAUGCGAGGAAGGUGUUUGAUGAAAGUCCUGUGCGGGACUUGGUUUCCUGGAACUCGAUCUUGGCAGGGUAUGUUCAGGCGGGGAAUGCUGAAGAAGCAAUGAUGGUAUAUGAUCAGAUGCCUAGGAGGAAUGUGAUUGCCUCGAAUUCUAUGAUUGUGUUGUUGGGUAGGUGCAGUAGGGUGGCGGAGGCUUGCCGUUUGUUUCAUGAAAUGGACGAAAAGGAUUUGGUUUCAUGGACCGCUUUAAUUUCUUGCUAUGAGCAAAAUGGGUUUUAUGAAGAGGCUUUGGAUUUGUUUGUUCAAAUGUGUGUCAAAGGGAUUGCUAUGGAUGAGGUUGUGAUGGUUAGUGUGUUCUCAGCUUGUGCAAAUUUAUCGGUUCUAGAGACUGGGAAAUUGGUUCAUGGUUUGGUUGUUAAAGUUGGUUUUGAAUCUUAUGUCAACCUUCAAAAUGCUUUAAUUCAUAUGUAUUCCAGCUGUGCAGAUGUAAAUGCUGCACAAAAUAUGUUCGAUACAAGUGAGAAUCUGGACCAGAUUUCUUGGAAUUCAAUCAUCUCUGCCUAUGUGAAAUGUGGUUCAUUGGAAAAAGCCAGGGUGUUAUUUGAUUCCAUGCUUGAGAAGGAUCGUGUAUCGUGGACCACGAUGAUUUCUGGGUAUGCCCAACACGAUCAGUUCUUCGAGACUUUAGCUUUGUUUCAAGAAAUGCUGCACAUAGGCGUUAAGCCUGAUGAGACAACUUUAGUUAGUGUGGUUUCGGCUUGUACUCGCCUUGCAGCCCUCGAGCAAGGCAAAUGGAUUCAUGCAUAUGUAAGGAAGAACGGGCUUAAGGUUAAUGUCAUUCUAGGUACCACUCUUAUUGACAUGUACAUGAAAUGUGGAUGCACAGAGAAUGCAAUGGAGGUCUUCCAUGGAAUGGAAGAAAGAGGAGUUUCUUCCUGGAAUGCUUUAAUUCUAGGGUUGGCCAUGAAUGGGCAGGUACAAAGAUCACUUGAAACAUUUGAAGAAAUGAAGAAACGCGGAGUGACUCCAAAUGAGGUAACCUUUGUGGCAGUUCUUGGUGCUUGCCGACAUAUGGGCAUGGUAGACGAGGGUCGCCAAUAUUUCGAUUCCAUGGUGAAAUCGUACAGCAUUGAACCCAAUUUAAAACACUAUGGGUGUAUGGUUGACUUACUCGGGCGUGCAGGAUUGCUCAAAGAAGCUGAAAAACUCGUCCAGACUAUGCCUAUGGCUCCAGACGUUCCCACUUGGGGUGCUUUGCUCGGAGCCUGCAAAAAGCACGGUGACAGUGAAAUGGGAGAGCGGGUUGGCAAAAAACUCCUCGAGCUUCAGCCCUACCAUGACGGGUUUCAUGUCUUGCUGUCCAACAUAUACGCUUCAAAGGGAAACUGGGACAAUGUGGAGGGCGUGAGAGGCGCAAUGAUGCAACAGGGUGUGGUUAAAACCCCCGGGUGCAGUAUGAUUGAAGCAGAUGGGAUUGUUCAUGAAUUCUUUGCGGGAGGAGACAAGUCUCACCCCAAGACAAAGGAAAUCGAAGUAAUGCUAGAUGAAAUGGUGAGUCGAUUGAAAACUAUGGGCUAUAAUCCGGGAACAGAAGAGGUUCUUCUCGAUAUCCAAGAAGAGGAAAAAGAAAGUAGUCUAUUCAGACAUAGCGAGAAGCUUGCAAUCGCGUUUGGGCUCAUUUCAUCUCUUCCGCCAACACCAAUAAGAAUAAUGAAGAACUUGCGUAUCUGUAGCGAUUGCCAUUCUGCAGCUAAACUGAUUUCCAAAGCGUAUAAUCGCGAAAUCGUGAUCAGGGAUAGGCAUCGCUUUCAUCACUUCAAGGAUGGUUCUUGUUCUUGCAUGGAGUUCUGGUAAUCUUUUUGACUUGGCUCUGUUAGAUAAGCUGGCAGAACAUGAUAGAUACAGUAAUGAGGGUAAAUUUCUAACAA